GUGGGUUCCCUGGCCCUGGUCUUUCCAGCGGGUCUGCCCAGCCCCGCAGAGGCUAGAGCAGGGGAUGGACAGGCAAGCUCUCUCGCUGCCUUGGGAGCUACCGGGCCUCUGGCUUCCCAACUGCAUUCGUGCUUAGGGGGGGGAUUCAGGCGGGAAAGAAAGGGGGCGCUGGGCUGAAGCUGUGUCUUCUGGCCAGAAUGUAAAUGUCACAAAGCAAGACUUGACUCUCCUAUCUCUCAGGCACCCCUGUAGGGGGCCAGGCAUGGUGCUGGGCACAGGGAGACACUCGGCAGAGACUGUCCCACAAGGCCUGGGACUGGGUUGCCAGGAGAGGCGGAGCCUACUCCCAAGGAGUAGAAGGGAGAAUGAGUCAUGGGAGAGAUGGUAGGAGCCAUCAGAACCCCAAAGCUUGUUUCACAGAGAGAGACAUUCUGAGAGGGGAAUGACUUGUGAGAUCCUGAGAUCCGACUUCCUAUUGACUGGUCCAAUCCCCUAGAGACCAAGGUUGGACUUAACAAGUGGUAAAGGCGGUGGUGGCUGAUGCAUCGGGGUUUCCUUCCACCUCAGAGAAGAUGUCUCAGAAAAAGCAGCCCACCCCUCAGCCCCCCGUGUUCUGCGGGAAAUCCUCCGGCGGAGGCGGCGGCGGUGGCGGCUGCGGCGGCGGCGGCGGCGGCUACUAUAGCGGCGGCGGCGGCGGCUGCGGCGGCGGCGGCGGCAGCUCCGGCGGCUGCGGCGGCGGCGGCAGCUCCGGUGGCUGCGGCGGCGGCGGCGGCUCCGGAGGCGGCAUCAAGUAUUCUGGGGGCGGCGGCUCCGGCGGCGGCGGAGGCUCUGGCUGCGGUGGCGGCUAUUCCGGGGGCGGCGGCUACUCCGGCGGCGGCGGCUGCAGCGGUGGUAGCGGCGGCGGCUCCGGUGGGGGCAUCAAAUACUCCGGCGGCGGCGGCUCCGGCGGCGGCGGCUCUAGCUGCGGCGGCGGCGGCUACUCCGGCGGCGGCGGCUGCGGCGGUGGCGGUGGAGGCAGCUCCGGUGGCUGCGGCGGCGGCGGCGGCGGCUCCGGAGGCGGCAUCAAGUACUACGGGGGCGGCGGCUCCGGCGGCGGCGGCGGAGGCUCUGGCUGCGGCGGGGGCUCGUCCGGCGGCGGCGGAGGCUGCGGUGGCUACUCCGGCGGCGGCGGGGGCUACUCCGGCGGCGGCGGCUGCGGGGGCGGCUCCUCUGGUGGCGGCGGCGGCGGCCAGCAGAUCUACCAGAGCUCCAGUGGCGGAGGCUACUCCGGCGGCGGCGGCUGCGGCGGAGGCGGCUCCUCCGGGGGCGGCGGCGGCGGCUGCGGGGGCGGCUCCUCCGGGGGCGGCGGCGGCCAGAUCUACCAGAGCUCCAGUGGCGGAGGCUACUCCGGUGGCGGCGGCUGCGGCGGGGGCUCUUCCGGCGGCGGCGGCGGCGGCCAGAUCUACCAGAGCUCCGGUGGCGGAGGCUACUCCGGCGGCGGCGGCUGCGGCGGAGGGUCCUCCGGCGGCGGCGGCGGCGGCUGCGGGGGCGGCGGCUACUCCGGUGGCGGCGGCUACUCCGGCGGCGGCGGCGGCUGCGGCGGGGGCUCCUCUGGCGGCGGCGGCGGCGGCUACUCCUCCCAGCAGUCCGCCCAGGUCUGUUGCGUGCCCCAGGAGUGCUCCGGCGGGGGGUCCUCCGGCGGCGGCGGCGGCUGCGGAGGCGGCUCCUCCGGGGGCGGCGGAGGCUGCGGCGGCGGCGGCUCCUCCGGAGGCGGCUGCUACUCCGGUGGCGGCGGCGGCGGCUCUGGCUGUGGCGGCGGCUCCUCUGGGGGCGGCGGCUCUGGCGGCUGCGGUGGCGGCUCCUCCGGGGGCGGCGGCGGCGGUUCCGGGGGCGCCAAGUGCGUGCCCGUGUGCCACCAGACCCAGCAGAAGCAGGCGCCCUCCUGGCCGUGCAAAUAAGGCCCCCGGGGCGCCUCCGAGGCGCGGGAGCUGGAGGUGUUCUUCUCCGCGGGCGCCAAUGGGCUUAGUGAUCUGAUCACGCCGUGAGGUUCCAAACCCUGAACGUCUGAACCCGCCACCGGGAAGAAGCCACUGAACACUCGUGCUGUGUCUUGUCCUGCAGCUUCCCCCUUGGCUUCUGUACAGCUACCUCCCAACCCCGAUGCCUCCUCGGCCAAUAAAUGUGCUGAUCACGAGAA